AUGAGUGCGCAACUGGCCCAGCUGGAGGAGGACCGGAGCCAAUAUCAGGAGCAGCUCGACCUGGUGCUCAGCUCCCUGCGCGACGACCCCGACAAUGCGGAGCUACACAUGCUCAAGGAGGAGCUGCAGUCGGCGCUGCAGAUAAUCAUCGACUCCAUGGCCGAUAUGAAGCCGAAGAGCGGCACCCGGCCGUCGGGAUCGACCGCGACAGGCCAGCAGGAGCAGCAGCAGAUGGUAGCCGACCAGGAAGACGGCGAGACGGCAGCGCCGACAUCAUCGACGUCGUCCUCGGCGCCGCCAGCCGUCACGUUCAAGGUGAACGAGACGGUGCUGGCGCGCUGGGUGACGGGCGACAAAUCGUUCUACACGGCGCGCAUCAUGUCAGUGACGGGGUCCAAGGCGGCGCCCAUGUACACGGUCAAGUUCAAGUCGUACGACACGAUCGAGACGCUGCGGGCACGCGACAUCCGGCCGGUCGGAACAGGCGGAAGCGGAGGCGGAGGUGGUGGCAGCAACAGCAACAGCAACAGCAACGGUGGAAAGCGCAAGCAGGACAGCGUCGAGUCCGGAUCGGCAGCACCCUCGAGCCUCUCGUUGCCACCGCCACCACCACCACCAAUGGCCUCUUCAAAUCCGCUUUCGACUUCGUUGCCACCACCGCCUCCUCCACCGACAGCAGCAGCAGCAGCAGCAACAACAACAGGGACAGGCACACCGCCACCGCCACCGUUUGGCCGACCGGUCGAUCGGUUCAGCAGCGGCAUGAUCUCGUCAGCAGCGGCCCAGCUGUACCCACAGGCGCUGCAGGAGCAGGGCAAGACCGGAGGGGCGGAUGGAUCGGCAGACGGGCCGCCGGUGAAGAAGUUCAAGAAGAUCAAAGCGACGAAGCAGCUGGAGGCGGGCAAGAGCAAGUGGCAGGAGUUCAACAGCAAGUCCAAGGUCGGCAAGACGAUGACGAAAAAGGACAGCAUGUUCCGGACGCCAGACGGGAUCCACGGGCGGGUCGGAUUCACAGGCUCGGGCCAGGCCAUGCGCAAAGACCCUACGAGAAGUCGACAUAUCUACCAGACCAAUGAGGAUCUGGACUAA